GUCACUACUAUCACGCCUUCAUUUGUGUGUUUCCAUCUCAUCUCGCUGACUGCUCUCCAGACCUCUGUUCCAUCUUCACUCAAAGCCAUGAAGAUUGCUUCUUUCAAUGUUCAGCGAUUUGGAGUGAAAAAAGUGUCCGACCCAGAAGUCUUGUCUACACUUGUGAGGAUUGUGUCUCGGUAUGACAUCAUCCUGAUUUUGGAGGUGACAGAUGUGAGUGGGGAUUCCGUGGAAAUAUUUCUGAAAGAGCUGAAUAGGGUAAACACAGAGCACCACUACACUCUGAAGCUUAGUACCCGUCUGGGCAGGACACGAUACAAGGAGCAGUUCCUCUUCCUCUUUAGGGAUGAUUUGGUAGAUUUGGUGGGGUCUUAUCAGUACGAGGAUUCCCAGGAGGGAGACCACGAUGCUUUUGCUCGGGAGCCUUACAUACUGCGCUUUACAUCACAUCACACAGUUUUGAAGGACUUGGUUCUAAUGCCGGUCCACACUAAGCCAGACGAUUCACUCAAAGAGCUCGAUGAACUCUAUGAGGUGUUCUUGGCUGUCCGAAGGAAGUGGAAAACAGAUAAUGUUAUGAUUCUAGGGGACUUCAAUGCGGAUGGAAGUUAUGUGUCGGAGAGAGACUUCCACAACAUUCGCAUCCGGAGUGAUAAGAACUUCCAUUGGCUGAUUGGAGAUGAUGUGGACACCACUGCCAACACAGGAAAUACGCACACAUAUGACCGGAUUGUGGUGUAUGGGCAGGACAUGCUGGAGUCUGUGGUCCCUGGAUCUGCUCGUUCAUUCAACUUCCACACUGCAUUCAACCUGACAGAGGACAUGGCGCUGAGAGUGAGCGAUCAUUACCCUGUUGAGGUGGUGUUGCGCUGUGAGAAGAGUUGUCCUGGGCACACUGGAUGGAAUGUCUUCCCCAGAAGCCAAGUGCCAGGUCAUGAUGCUCUUCAGCCACGAGGCUUUGUUGGUGCCCAGGAACCAAUUCCUGAAAGCGAACUGCCACCCCUUGAACCACUCCCACAAGGCCCUAUGUCAAUGAGCAACCAACCAUCUCGUGGCUCGGUCUUUGGAGGCAACCAGUCACCAUAUCCAAGCAUUAGGAGCGACCUGCGACCCGGCCCGCAACCAUACAGUCCCGCUAUACAGGAUGGAAAUAUGCCGUAUGGUCCAAGCACAGGGGGCAACCAGCCAGGCAUCAUUACACCAAGACAUGGUGUCUAUGAAGUACUACCGUUUCAAGGAGCUCCCGUGGUGAUCUUCCCCCCGGUAGUGGAGCACCUGAUGGUGGAGGUGCUGGGGCUGCAGAGGGACAACUUGCACCUGGAGCGAGAGAAGCUCGGCCUGGAGAUCCAGAUGCUGAGACGCAACCUGGCCAGAGCUGACAGAGAGUGACACCCAGCUGUGUGGCUCUUGAGAAGGCAGCUAUUGUUAGAUUAGCAUGUAAAAGAAAGACACAAGGAAUCUUGUGUACUGUGUACAUACGUGUGUGUGUGUGUGUGUCCUUGUGUGUGUGUGUGUGUGUGUGUGUGUGUGUGUGUGUGU